AUGGCCCCUCCCCAACUCCCCAAAUUCUCUUCGACUCAGCGUCAAUUCAUCCUCAAUCUCCUACCCGAGUUUCGUGAAUGGCUCGAUGCCAACAACCCUACUGUCAUACCUCGACAUUCGGCCACUACCGCCUGGAUCAAGACCACCGCCUCUGACAUCAUGCGCCACAAAGACUUUGCUCCUGAACACCUUCAAGGCCAUGAACCAUCGGAGAUGGAAGGGGACAUCCGUACAUUCUUCCGUAACUGGAAGAACGCCUCAUACAGGCCUCGGAAUGCAGAAGCUCAGCCCAUCAGCUCCUCUCCUCGAAGGCGGCUCAACGUGGAUCGUGCCCUUGAGGAAGCGAUCCAGGCUGUUCUCAUCCUCAAACAUGAUCUCUCAACUCGGGAUUUCUUCUUGCUUUCCGAUCCGGACGCAUAUCAGAAGGAGUACAACGCCCAGAAGGCAGCUCACCCCAAAGGGACACCUACCUGCACAAUCUCGAUGAGAGCUCGGAAGGCUGCGUGGGCCAAUGCGGACCAGUCCUAUUGGGAGAAGAAGAAGAACGAAAUGGCAAUGGACGUAGUCAGUAACCAAGCCUUAUGGCCCAAGUUCUUCCGUGAAUCUAUUCAGCACAAUGUCAGCCGUGGGAUUGUGGGGACAGUUGGGUUUGCUAUUGUCUAUGGAUUUCGCACAGAAAACGACGGUAUCCAACAUGGAAUCUUGUACGGUGGCCACGAUUCCCUCAAGAAGGAAGAGAUCAACCAUCGCUUUGAGAACCACGACGAGAUUCUCAAGGCUGCUUCUCGCCACUUUGAUAAAGUCUUGCCAACUCAUUCAACCCCUUCUGUGUACGACUUUGAGCGCGAUUCGAAUGGUUGUUUAAUUCUUCCAACCCUCGAUCUCAGUCAAGCCUUGCCCGGGCAGGUGGCCAAUCUGCUUACAUCAUUCUUGAAAACAAUCUGGCAUGAAACCUAUCCUACCGACAACGAUAUGCCAAGUAUCCCUUGGACCCAACUCGGCUCGUCACCUUCUAUCUUCUACGACACAUCUCGCUUUUCUCUCCCACCUGGUGUGGUCAUUGGUGGUGUGACAGCACCAUGCCCCCUUCCGUUUGUUCUUUCGCUUUAUGAUUAUCUUCGUGGCCUUCAAGAUUGCGGGACCCCAUUUGCAUUCAGGACUAAAGACGAGAUCCAGGCUCGUUUGAAGGCAGUUGCGGACGAAGUGGAGAAGGAUGUGGAGAAAGACGACGAAGCUUUGGGUGAUGCAGCUGGUGCUCAGGAGACUCGUCCUACUCCAACUGGCGAAAAGGAGUCCUCCGGUCGUCCUCCUGCAGUCACUGUCUUGUCGUCGCCGGUCGACAACCUGAUUUCCCAGCCUGAAGAUGCUUUAUCCGCGACGCCAAUCAGCUCCACCAACGACGCCAACAUUGCUAAUGCAUCUAACGCUGCACCUGGAGAUGCUAAGUUGCCGGUGGACCCUUCAGUUGAGACCCACGUCUUGGUGCAGGGUUCCACCUCAGAUAAGAAUCUCGCAAACGACACUCGUCCAUCAAAGAAGUCUAAAGCGACCUCAAAGCUCUCGAAGGCUGACCGCGAGGUGAUGGCUCCCAUCACCAACGUCGAGAGCAGCAGCACUUCACGGUCUACUCGGGUCCGUACGCAGGCUGUGCACGGUCCCCAGCUCAUUGCUGGUGGCCAACGAUCCCCUGUUCGAAACCCAAGCUGGAUGAUUCCUGGUGGCUCUCCUGUACCCUUUGGCAAGAAAAGGAGCGCACCUUCGGAGGCAACCCGCUCGAAUAGCAGCAAGCGCCGCCGAAAAUGA